UGUUAUUCAACUGACCACCUAUUUCACCUGCACUUUUCCAUAUUCUACGAGGACUCACGUUGUCGCGCUUCACGGUCCAUUACCAGCCAGCGAUCGGGUCAUCAAAGUCCCCGAUGGACUUGUAACAGAAUGACUGCGGUGUCAGAAGAAUCUGCGGCCAUGGACGCCGCGCCGUCCACCCCUGCGCGCAGGGUCACGGUCGCAACCAAAGAACCUCCUCCGGAGAAACCUGAAGCAGUCAGCCUCAGAACAAAGAUUGUCCUGUCUUUCUGGGCGGUAAUACUACUGCUGGGUCUCCCAACAUGGUGGCAAACGACUUCAAUAUACAGAGCCAGUCUGCCUUUGCAGGACAUGCUCAACUGGGCAGAUGGGACGAACACACCCACCGCAAUCCCGCUGAAUAUUUGGAUCCAGUCUUCGGGUUUAUCCUGUCCAGAAGCGCAGACCCUCGUACGAGACACCCAACGAGCCCUCGACGAUCUAAAUGAAUACCCGACGUUGCAUCAGCGACUGCAUCUGGUAGAUGUGAAACCGAGCAACAACGAGGCUGGCCAUGGCAAAGAACAUUCAAAAGAGGGGUGUGGCGUAGAUCCAUUGAAGGCAGGCCUUGGGGAUCCUGCCCUGAAGAUAACUCUCGAGUCAUCAGCGAAUGCUUUUGUCUUCGACUUGGACACAAUCGCAGCGUCGGCCGCUGUACGUGUGCCAGCCAUUUCAGGAAACAACGGCGCCAAACAGCUUGCGGGGACGCUGCACGAUCUUUUCAGGCACGAGCAAAUCGCAGCAGCUCUUCAAACUGUUUUCCUCGCAGGCAAUAGCAAUAACGCCCAAGCCUUCCUCAGGUCGCAACCCUACGACCUUGUCGAUAGUAUCGAAAAGCAGAUCAGUCGUGCCUACAAGUCGGCGCCGGAAUUCCACCUGACCUUUUCUCUCUUGACAGCGAGCGGGGCUCCAUCCAGUUGGGACAUUCAAGAGACGUUAAACGAUAACAUCAAACCAUUGAUCCAAGCGUUGUCGAGUACCGCCAAGAUCGAUAUCACAACACAAGUUCAGCUUUACUCAGCAUACUCCCCAGCAGUCCACCCAUUGGUUCAGGAAGGACGGGAGGGCAUGUUGUUGCAACAGAACGAUCUGACGGCCUUUGUCAACGCGGCAGAGUGGCCUCUUGCACCUUCUAUCGGAGAUGGCCCUACCGUGAACUUCGUUCUUUACGUACCGACUGUCGACCAGAUUCCGCUGAGGAUUGCAGACAACGACGAGACUUCAUGGCUGAUUCCGCAAUGGGGUGGCAUCCAUAUCUUCAACCCUCCACUGCUUUCCGAGGCCGUGUCCGAUAUCUCGACUCUGCCAGCGCACCUGUCCAAGAACAUGCUUCAACAACCAUUUCAAACGUUCGCUUCGCAGUUACUUUCCUUACUGGGCGUGCUACAAUCAGAGUCAUCUGGGAGGACCCUACCACUCCAACUUCGUCUUGAUGCAUACAAACGCUUCUCUGCACUCACGCUGUAUCUCAAAGCCGCAUCGAGCUUAGGUUCCUUGUCGCGCUUGGCCCAACAUCUCAGCAACAUUCCUAUCCCCAGGCACGUGGCUCAAUUAGUCGACGACUCUAUCGGCAACUUGACCGCUUGCAGCCACGCUUUUCAGGAAAGCAGGUGGGAUUCUGCUCUUGCUCAUGCCAAAACUGCCUAUGCCGACAGUGAAAAGGCCUUCUUCGAUAAGUCCAUGGUUGGCCAGGUUUACUUUCCCGAUGAACACAAGGUUGCUGUAUACCUACCUCUGCUCGGCCCAAUCGGUGUGCCUCUCCUUGUCGGUCUCCUCAAAGAGAUCAAGAGAUUUAUCUCCAAGAAAAAAGCUUUUGCACAGUGAGGCUAAAAUUCACGACAAGCACAUUUCUCAUCGGAUUACACAUCCAGUGUCACACAUCAAUCACUACACAGCUUCCAUUUACAGCUAUCGUUCAACAACUGGGAUGCUGUCUAUCUGUGCAUUUGGUCUACGCAAGUGACCUUGUCGAGCUGCUUAUUUAGGCAGCUCGAUAUGGUAUUCGUCCACUUUAAAGUGGGGGAUAUCAGGA